UCGACCUCAACCCCCAGGGGUCUGAUAGCUGAAAUGGGACGUCCACCUCCAACGUCAGAUCCCCGCGGACCCUCUGGCACUUGGUUCACCACGGUCAGCGAAAUCUGCGUCUGGAGACUUCUCGCAAUCCGGCUGCUCAUCGCCCGGAGGCACACCGCAGCCGGGAGGCACAGAAGGCCUGGGCUGGGGCUGGGAAAGCAACCUUCUAAAACCGACGUCGAAGUACAGGGGAUGCAGUCCCCAGCCCGGAGCAAAAGUGAAAGGCGAGAGGACACACACUGAAUUGGGACAAACAGUGAAGUCAGGGACAAAACUCCGCGCCUGGAGAAGCUGGGGGAAACAAAACCCGUGUCCAGUGGAAAUUAAAAACCUCGGGGUUGAAGGUGGAGGCUGAUCCCCGCACCUCACCUCCACUGCCCCCACUAGGCUUCCGAGUCCCUGGCUUUCCUCUCCACGAUCUCCUUUCCUCUCCGCUAGGCGGGUGAGCGGCGGCCGCCAGCGCCCCAGCAGCAGCUAGAUGUCAGGCGAAGCCCGGAGCGCCGCGCGCGGCCCUCUCCGUUGGCUCCAGAAAACCCACCCUGCCCCAUCACGCAGAGCCAGGAAGGAAAGAGAGCCUCAUGCCUAAGCCGCAGGGAGCACCAUGGAUCUGACGAAGAUGGGCAUGAUCCAGCUGCAGAACCCCAGCCACCCCACAGGGCUCCUGUGCAAGGCCAACCAGAUGCGGCUGGCCGGGACGCUGUGUGAUGUGGUCAUCAUGGUGGACAGCCAGGAGUUCCACGCCCACCGGACGGUGCUGGCCUGCACCAGCAAGAUGUUUGAGAUCCUCUUCCACCGCAACAGCCAGCACUACACUCUGGAUUUCCUCUCGCCAAAGACCUUCCAGCAGAUUCUGGAGUAUGCAUACACAGCCACACUGCAAGCCAAGGCGGAGGACCUGGAUGACCUGUUGUAUGCGGCCGAGAUCUUGGAGAUCGAGUACCUGGAGGAGCAGUGCCUGAAGAUCCUGGAGACCAUCCAGGCCACGGAUGACAAUGACACGGAGGCCACCAUGGCAGAUGGUGGGGCUGAGGAGGAAGAGGAUCGAAAGGCUCGGUACCUCAAGAAUAUCUUCAUCACGAAGCAUUCCAGCGAGGAGAGUGGGCAUGCCAGUGUGGCUGCGCAAAGCCUCCCUGGGCCCAUGGCGGACCAGAGCCCGUCAGUCUCCACUUCAUUCGGCCUUUCAGCCAUGAGUCCCACCAAGGCUGCAGUGGACAGCUUGAUGACCAUAGGACAGUCUCUCCUGCAGGGAACUCUUCAGCCGCCUGCAGGGCCUGAGGAGCCAACUCUGGCUGGGGGUGGGAGGCACCCUGGGAUGGCUGAAGUGAAGACAGAGAUGAUGCAGGUGGAUGAGGUGCCCGGCCAGGACAGCCCUGGGGCAGCCGAGUCCAGCAUCUCAGGUGGCAUGGGGGACAAGGUCGAGGAAAGGGGCAAAGAGGGACCUGGGACCCCAACUCGGAGCAGUGUCAUCACCAGUGCAAGGGAGCUGCACUAUGGGCGUGAGGAGAGUGCUGAACAGCUGCCACCCCCUGCUGAAGCUGGCCAAGGCCCUCCAGGCCGACCGGAGCACCCGGCGCCCACAGCCGAGAAACAUCUGGGCAUCUACUCUGUGUUGCCCAACCACAAGGCUGAUGCCGUGUUGAGCAUGCCGUCUUCAGUGUCCUCUGGCCUGCACGUGCAGCCCGCGCUGGCUGUCUCCAUGGACUUCAGCACCUAUGGGGGUCUGCUGCCGCAGGGCUUCAUCCAGAGGGAGCUGUUCAACAAGCUGGGUGAGCUGGCCGUGGGCAUGAAGUCAGAGAGCCGGACCAUCGGGGAGCAGUGCAGCGUGUGUGGCGUGGAGCUUCCUGACAAUGAGGCUGUGGAGCAGCACAGGAAGCUGCACAGUGGGAUGAAGACGUACGGGUGUGAGCUCUGCGGAAAGCGGUUCCUGGAUAGUUUGCGACUGAGAAUGCACUUACUGGCUCAUUCAGCGGGUGCCAAAGCCUUUGUCUGUGAUCAGUGCGGGGCCCAGUUUUCGAAGGAGGACGCCCUGGAGACACACAGGCAGACCCAUACUGGCACAGACAUGGCUGUCUUCUGUCUGCUGUGUGGGAAGCGUUUCCAGGCGCAGAGUGCACUCCAGCAGCACAUGGAGGUCCAUGCGGGCGUGCGCAGCUACAUCUGCAGUGAGUGCAACCGCACCUUCCCCAGCCACACCGCCCUCAAACGCCACCUACGCUCACACACAGGUGACCACCCGUACGAGUGUGAGUUCUGUGGCAGCUGCUUCCGGGACGAGAGCACACUCAAGAGCCACAAACGUAUCCACACGGGCGAGAAACCCUAUGAGUGCAAUGGCUGUGGCAAGAAGUUCAGCCUCAAGCACCAGCUGGAGACACACUAUCGAGUGCAUACAGGUGAGAAGCCCUUUGAGUGUAAGCUGUGCCACCAGCGCUCCCGGGACUACUCUGCCAUGAUCAAGCACCUGAGGACGCACAACGGCGCCUCGCCCUACCAGUGCACCAUCUGCACGGAGUACUGCCCCAGCCUCUCCUCCAUGCAGAAGCACAUGAAGGGCCACAAGCCCGAGGAGAUCCCACCCGACUGGAGGAUAGAGAAGACUUACCUCUACCUGUGCUACGUGUGAAGCCAGGCCAGGCGGGGGCUGAGUGGGAGCGAGAAGAGACGAGUUAGAGCAGGGUGAAGUCGAGGAAGGACUGUGCGAAAAACAGAAAAAAAGAAAAGGAAAAAAAAAAAAAAGAAAAAGCAAACCUGAUAGCUGUCUGGCCUUGGAUUCUCUCGGGGGCUCCAGGUAACCUGGAUGCCUGGCCACUGCCCCUUCCUGGGGCCUCCAUCCCUCCUCUCCUGGCUGGAGGUUGGCCUGAUUUUCUUGGGUGGGUGGAGGUGGUUUUGUUCAGCUCAGAUGGUAAUGUGUUUCUCUUCCCUCCACCCAGACUCUGUGUGUGCAGAAAUGGAGACUAGGACGGGGUGAGAGCCAAACAAGCUCUGCCGGCCUUCCUCUUACUACUCCUCAGAGGACAGGGGCUGGGAGGCAGAAGGGGCAACCUGCACAUGGUGGGCUCGGCUGUGUCACCGGUUGACACUCAAAAUGGCAGCUCUGGUUUGCAGGGGGCAUAUUGGGGUGGGGAAGGGCCCUCCUUCCCUUCCCGUCACUCAGUUCAUCUGUCGCCUUCCUUGCUCUGCCACAUCCGGGUGUCCCCUUAGGGUCUUCAGGAGCCUCACGGCCCUUCUCCCCUCCCCCAGCUGCUUGCCCCUGCCGCCCCUUAACUCCUGUCCUCCAAUUCCAGGGGGCAGCCAGCCCCUCAUGGAUCUGGCGGGGUCUCCCUCCUCCUCUCCCCCUAGUGGGGAAGCUAUGUCCAAUGGCAGAGACCCCGUUCUUUACUUCUGAGAACAUAGAACGAUAGAAAUGAAAUACCCCACUCUCACCAAGCCCUGUCGUGAGUGAGAUUCCUGCUGAGCUGCUUUUGCUUCCCAAAUGGAAAGACAUAACAACUAAAUACAUGUGAUCCCACCAAACAAACAAACAGGAAUCCCUACCUCCCACCCCUAGCUGGGUCCCUAGGAGAAGGAAUCCCUGAGAGCGCUUGUUGUCCAAGGGCAGGGUGUGGAAGUCCUCCUCCAGCUGUGCCCUCCAUCUGUCCAGGGGGCAGGUAGCUGGCCAGGGUAGAGCGCUGUGAGUCUUUGUGGGGACACUUUGAAUACCCCAGACGUGGUAAGUCGGCAAAAACCCAGGUCCAGAGAGCGGCACAGGCUUCUUGACUUACAGGACUCCCCCAGUCCACAGGGAGAAGGAAGAGGAGGAGGAAGACUUGUUGAAAGUGCUUUGGCCUUGUGUUAAUAUGUUUUUGCUUCUUUUCUGUGUCCCGGGUUCCCCUGUUAGCACGUUGUACUUGAAUUACCUCAGUUUUUUGUGACCUCAUGAGCUUUUUUAACCCCUGUUAUUUCUUUUUUGGUUGGGGAUUGAAGGAAUGGGGAGGGUGUUCUUUUGUGUUUCUUGUGUAAAUUAAUAGUUGGUUUAAUAGACUUCAGCUGGCCAAGGCCCUCGCAUCUGCAGGCGACUAGCAUCCCAGCUGGAAGAAGCUGUCCAGAAGGAUUGAGUUCUCAGGAUCUGAAUGUGGUGGGGGGAGGGGCAGUGUACUGGGGGCCUCCGGAGUCACUGUGGGCUCCGCCCAGGGCAUGCGCUGUGCCCAGUCUAAAACACUCUGGACACGAUCCCCCCUUUCUUACCAUUUGCUGGGUCAUUGGGACUUGGGGGCCUGUGUUACUCAGAUCCUUGGCACCAUGUGGCCCCCACGUCUGUGUACAUUAUCAUUGCCAAAACUAGUCUCUUUUCCUGGCUGGUGAGGGAUGUGCCAGUCUUGGUUUUGUUGCAUUGGGGUGGGGGUGUUGUUUUUCCGAAAGCUACCUCUUACGUUCGUCCAGUUCUUCUUUUGUCCCUUUUCUGCCUCUUGUUCUGCUGCUCCGCACUCUCCUUCUCCCCAGCCUCCCCACCCUGAGUUUUGGAAAGCAUAUUUGCAAUAUUUGUGUUCACCGUGGGAUGGGCCCUCCGUUUCAUCUCAUGCUUUAUUCGUAAGAGUUCCAUUGUUGUUGUUUUUUCCUUUCUCUCUCUGAGAAAGUUGCGGCUGCGUUGUUAAUCUUAGGUUUUAAAAAGUGGUUUAGGGAAGCGGUUUGGGGGGAAGGGGUUGUGAGGAGUAUAGGGAAGUUGGAGGGAUGGGUGCUGCCGUGACCACCCCCCUGUCCCUUAGCCCCACCCCUCCUGCCCUCCCCUGCAAUCUAGCCACCAAAUCUGAAGGCCUUAAAAAUUGUGUCGGGGGCAUAUUAAUUGGGGGACUGUGUUACCAGACGGUUCGUUGGGGAUGGUGAAGGAGGGAGGAUGCUGUUUUGCAACUAUAACAGUGAUUUAGUGCUUUGGAAAGGAAAGAAAGUUAAACUUGAAAUGGGUGACUAGAGCAGUUGUGUCGUGUUUAUAAUGUGAAAAGAGGGAAAUCUUGUGGGGAGAAGCAGUCUGUAAGAAAUCAUUAUGCACUAUUGCUUCCCCCCCCAAUCUGGGAAGAAAGGGGGACUGGCUGACCCUCAGGGGAUGUGUAAAUCCUAGAAAACAGUAUUUUAACAGCAAGUUGUCAUUCAACUUUGGUGGGGAAGGAAACAAACAAAAAAAACCUAUUCCAUAGACCUAGCUGACACCUCUCCCCCACCCUUCCCACAAAGCGCGGGUCUCCUCCCCUGUUCAUAAAAGCUGAGAGGGUUGAGCUAAUAUUUACAAAUUGUAAUAUUUUUGUAAUGUUUGUUAGUUCCUUCGUCAGUUCUACAGGACCUUGCCCUUCCCUUUUGUAAUGUGAAUAGGAAAAAAAAAAGACAAAAAAAAAAUACCUACCACCACCACCACCACCACCACCAAAAUAUCCCUCUGUAUGUGUGUACGCACGUGUGCUAUUUGUGUGUGGUUGUGUGUUAAAUCACUCAGCAUUGUUGUAAUCUGCUGGUGCAGCAUGGGAUGGUACUCAGUCAGCACCGGUCUGCCCCCACCGCCCCUGAGGGGUGCCAGUAGGGAGGCAGGGAGAGAGGUUCAGAGCAUCGGUUUCUGAAGGGUACUGGACGGGACACGACUAUGUCUACACUUGGUUUGCUCGACUCUCCACCGCCACAAAGCCCUAGACACCCUGAAUAGAGUCCAACAUGUCUCUUUCAGCUUCCUACUCACAAAGACAAGAAUUCUGAUCUUGCUAAGACCUUCUUGGCCAGGCCGAAUGGCCAAGAGGAGGCCAGUUAUCUGGGAGAUUUUGAUGUGUCUGGAUAAAAGGGGCUGGGCAGACCGGGAGGGUGGAGGCUGCUCUCCUUCAGGUGAGAUCCAAGUGUUUUUACUCCCCUCUUCUUUCUGCCGUCUGGCCCCUUGGCCACCCUGCUGCCUUUAGCUGUAGUACUGCUGAUAACCCUACUUGCUACUGCCUUAUCCAGCAUCGUGAAACGUCUCUAGUCUGCCAAGUCCAAGUUGGUUAACAGUCCCUUCUUUAUGUUCAGCUCCAACAGGUGUGUCCCUUGAUGCUUUUGGUGACAUUUACCCCUCACUCAUGUGCUCUUUCCCUAUUCACUCCUUCACUCAUUCAAAGCAUUAAAAUCCUAUGUGUAUAUAGGAUAGACAAAUAUAUAUAGAGAGAUAUAUAUAGCAAGAGAGAGAUAUAAAAUAGUAAAUAUCAUUGCUGCUUUGGGCUGCUUUGGAGGAGGCCACGGAUAUGGGGAAGGUAGAUCUGGGCUGCAGGGGUGGGUAGGGAGGCUGGAGGACCCAGUGAUUCAGUACAAUCCAGGGAUACAGUGUGGACUUGUUUAAUCUUUGUGCCUCAACAGUUUUUCCAUGUUUAGAAAAAAAGAAAAGAAAAAAAAAAACUGCUGCAACUUUUUCACAAGUGUAUGGUACCCUUCCAAGUGCUACUGGUACAACCGGCUUCUGGGGUGUGGUGGUCCCAGAGGAAGGGGGCCAUUUGGCUUACCGCCUUCCUGGGGAGUGAGCAGCAGUGGGGGUAGCCAUUGGACUUGUCCACGAGGAGUGGCGGGGGGUGGGGGAGAUUUGUGGCCAUUUCCCUGCAAGAGUGAAAGCUGGGGGCACCGGAUGUAAAUCAGAAAAGCAGAAACGAUCAGACUGUUCACUUUUCCUAGGCCUGUGUCACAUCUUUUCUUCCCACCCAUCUUGUUUCCUCCUUCCUGGAGCUUCAUGGC